AUGAGGUGGGCGAGGCCGUCCCCUCACUCCUCCUCCAGCUCCAGCUCCAUGGCGCUCGCGCGGACAUAUUCAUUUCGGCAUGCGGGAACGCACGCGGCCAUCAUCAUCAUCAUCCUCAUCGUCCUGCAGCUCGGUCUGUGCGUGACAGUCGCUCAGCUCAGUAUGGCAAACAAGAGCGUUUUGCACACCAAAGAGCGCUCUCUGAAAGGCAGGGAGGAGAAAAUGGUCGUGGCAGCAAAGCACGCAGCAAAUGGGAACCCCACAGUGGAGCCAUUUCCUGAUGGCAUGGAGAUGAUCAUGUUUGGAAUGGGCUGUUUUUGGGGAGCAGAGAGGCGCUUCUGGAGGAUUCCUGGUGUGUUCUCUACUCAAGUGGGCUACGCUGGGGGCUAUACACCUAACCCUACCUACCAUGAAGUGUGUUCAGGUUUAACAGGGCACACGGAAGUAGUGCGAGUGGUCUUCUCUCCUAAAGACGUCAGCUUAGAGAAACUUCUCAAAGUCUUCUGGGAAAGCCAUGACCCCACUCAAGGAAUGGCACAGGGGAAUGAUCAUGGCACACAGUAUCGUUCUGCCAUCUACACCUACAGCCCAGAACAGCAAGAGCUGGCCAUGAGAAGCAAGCAUGUGUACCAGGAGGCUCUAACUAAGAAAGGCCUGGGUGAGAUCACCACCAAGAUCCGAGAGCACACUGAAUUUUACUAUGCUGAAGACUAUCACCAGCAAUACCUGCACAAGGUGCCAAAAGGAUACUGUGGGUUAAAGGGCACCGGUGUCACAUGCUGUAUUGGAGGAGAGAAAGAUGAACUCUGACAUUGUCUGCUAUUUUAAAGGAAUACUUCACCCAAUAAUGAGUAUUGUGUCAUUGAUUCACCCUUAUAGAAAUUUAUAAAUAAAUAUCAUUUAUAAAUAAAUAAAUCAUGUUGUUCCAAA